AUGAUCUUCGGGCGUGCGUCCUCGUAUUCGAGCUCUCGCUCGUCUUUCUGCCCAAGCGCGCAUUAUUUCGCCCCUUCGCGCGGGUUGAAUGGGGAUUCAACAGGGAAUGAUGAAGGUGAUGAUGGCGGGCAAUAUUGUGAUGCUUACAAUAAUGAGAUGAACAUCAACGAUAAUCCUUGCAAUGAUGAUUUAUUCAAUGAGAUGGAUGAUAGCAAUGACGAUUCGGAUUUCGUUAUUGAAGAAGAUGAUAUGCUUGGCUCGGAAGAAGGUGAAGAUGGCGACGACAAUGUUGUGUCCCCCUCAAACAUGAUGGGUGGCUUAAAUGAGCAUAUUCUACGCAACAAAAAGAGUAUAUCAAUCCACAAUGUUCUUCAGCUUGAUUUUUCUGGAGGUGUUGCUAUUGAAGAGGACAAUUUGAAUGAAACUACUACUCGUUCGAGUAGUGGUUGGAGGAUUCCCGAAGCCAUUUUUCACAAUGUUAAUGUUAAUCCCUCGUCUGAAGAGCCAUCAAUGAUAGACCGUGAAUUAGCCAAAGGCGUCAUUCAAAGUAAGGAAGAUUUGUUGGUAAAAGUGGGGUUAUACCAUUUGAAGCAUAAAGUGGAGUACCGAACACCUAGAUCUUCAAAUUCUCGGUUAAAGGUUGUGUGCAAGCAUAAAAACUGCCCAUUCUUGCUUUCUGCGAAUGCACUGACUGGAAGUAGUUGGAAAAUUUCAAAAUUUAUUCAUCCACAUACAUGCUUGGUUAACCUGACCCCUCGACAAUUGCCUGCAAAGAUCAUUGGAACAUUAUUCGCGCCGAAGUUGUUGACAGAGGGCCGAGUAUUGAAGCCUGCAGAAAUUAUGGGUGACAUGGAGCGUGAUCAUGGCAUUAAGUUCAACUACAAUACAGCUCUGAGGUCUCAAAACGCCGCCUACGACUUCAUUUAUGGAGAUCACAAGAAGUCCUGGGAACUUUUGCCGGCGUAUUUUCAUAUGUCGAUGAAGAAAAAUCCUGGAACAUCGGCAUACAAUGAGACCGAUAAAGAUGACGUGUUUGAGUAUGCUUUCAUUUCUUUUCAUGCGUCUGCAGGCUUCUUCAGUUAUUGUCGGCCCGUUAUUGUGAUUGACGGUACGCAUUUGAAGGGUAAGUAUAAAGGCAUCCUAUUUGUAGCAACUACAAAGGACGGAAAUGAAUAA